GUACUGAGCUUGUGUAAAUGACAUUUAUCUAGAUUCUCUUUGCUCUGGAACUUCUUAUCAGUUAUUAUAGUCUGCUGUUUCACCGCUUUCCACACAUUCGCAAUCCCAAAAUGAACCAACGCUGGCUUGACAUUAUUUUAUUUUUUACGCCUCUAUUUUGUUUUACUACCUGGGCCAACGAAAUCAGGAGCUGCGCGGAGACUGCACAGGAGCUGAAAGAAAUGGGCAUCGGAAGGGGUCUUGAAGUUCAAACUCUUAUUUCUGGGGAACACCUACGUAUCUGCCACCAGGAGUAUACUUGUUGCUCCAGACAGACAGAGCAGCGCCUGAGUCAACAGAGCAUGCAAGAUCUUGUCCAUAUAGUAAAUGAGAGUGUCAGCUACCCUCUAGGGGUAUUGACAGGGGGCAGGAAAAAGUUCCACGAAUUCUUCCUUGCUCUCCUGACCUCUUCAGAGCAGUCUCUUGCCUCAAUGUUUUCACUAUCAUAUGGAUACCUGUAUACUCAGAACGCCGCUCUAUUCACUGCUCUGUUCUCAGAGAUACGCUCGUACUACAUGGGGGGAGAAGCCUCCAGAUUAGCUGACUCCUUCUCUGAGUUCUGGGCAGGCCUAAUGGAGCGCACACUUCGUCUUCUUCUUCCACACUAUCAGCUAAAUGCUGACUACAUGGAAUGUGCUGUUAGGAGUGCAGAAGAACUUCAAGCUUUUGGAGAUAUCCCCCAACGUCUCCAGCUGCAGAUCACACGAGCAUUGGGGGCUGCAAGAACUCUGGUCUUAGGUCUUGCUACAGGAAGUAAUAUUGUUAAUAGAGCUGCCAAAGCUCUACCUACCCCUGACUGUCUUCAUGCCACUAUGAGGAUGUGGUACUGCCCUCUUUGUCGAGGUUAUUCAUCCCUGCGCCCCUGCCAUGGGCUUUGUCUUAAUGUGAUGAAAGGCUGCCUUGCAUUUCAGGCUGACAUGGAUUCUGACUGGAACAGCUUAAUAGAGGGACUGCAGGAAGUGGCUGAGCGGCUAGCAGGAUCAUUUAAUGUGGAGCUUGCUACUGAAUCAAUUGGAGUUAAGAUAUCAGAGGCAAUAAUGACUUUACAGGAAGAGAAUGUACGGCUCACAACCCAGAUAUUUAAUUCUUGUGGCAUCCCUCCUCCAACACGAUAUACACGAUCUCCACAGGAGCAGCCUAAGCGAAAGUUUCAUGUCUACAGCAAUGAAGAGAAGCCCACUUCAGCAGCUGGUACCAACAUAGACAGACUAGUGUCAGAGAUCAUAGCCAAGCUUCGCCCCCUGCAAGGUCUUUGGAAGCUCCUUCCUCUUUCUCUCUGCUCAGACCAAAAAGUAUCAGCUGGACUGAGCAAUCAGGACAAAUGCUGGAAUGGACAAAGUCGUGGGAGAUACCUUCCUCCGGUGACAGGAGAUGGGCUGAUCAGUCAGAUUAAUAAUCCAGAGCUGGAAGUGGAUAUGUCACCUUCUGACCCUAAGACUCGUCACCUUGGCCUGCAGCUUCGUGUGGCUAGAAGUAAACUGCGGGCAGCCUACAGUGGGAAGGACAGUGAUACACAGGAAUCUUAUGAUGAUAGCAGUAGUUCUGGUGGAGGAGAGACUGUUACUGAUAAACCUUUGAUAAGUACACAAACUGCAGAGACAGUUCAAAAAGAACAUCCAUUAAAGCCAAAGAAAAAGAACAAAAAAGAAAAGGAUAGCAAAAAAGAAAGAACAUGGUAUAAUAGGGCGAAUGCCUAUGAUCCAUUACUGAACCCUCUGUGCCAAUUCUCUUCACCCUCAUCAGUUGACUUCAGGGUAGAGAGUUUUUUAAUGGAUCUUGGUGGAAGCUUUGAUAAUUGA